GAGUGACCAACACACACACACAUAUUCACUUUACCACCCUCUACGUAGUGUUACUAUUCUAUUUUUGCUCAAUAGUUUAAGGAUAGGUUGCCCACAUCUGGGACCUUAACUCCUAAAUACGUUGGUAUGCAUUUCCUAAAAUCAGACAUUCUUGUACAUAAUCAUAGUACAUAUAAUUAAAUUCAGGAAGUUUUAACAAUGGCACAAUAGUAAUACCUAAUAAUAUAUGGUCUAUAUUACAAUUUUUCUAGCCAUUCCUAAAAUGUCACUUGUAUUGACUUUUCCCCCAAACACAAUAUCAUGCACUGAUAUUAGUUGACAUGUCAGUUUCAUUGCUUUGGAACAUGUUUUACUUCUGUUUAGAAUUAGAGCGUGGUUUUUCAGCUCAUCUCCUACAAGCUCUGUUGAAGUGAAAAAAAAAAAAAAAAAGAUACUGGGGAUUUCAAGGUGGCUGCUUGCUAAAAAACCAAAUUGCCCAGGUAAGAAGAUCUUCUUUGUUUUUAAUUUUGAAAAAUUUGGCUGGGUUUUGGUGUCUUGACUCAGCAGAGUCUAUAAUGCAGCAAGGCUUGGUAAGCAUUAAAGAGGGUACUGAAGCUUUCCUUUAUUUCAUAAUCCCGAUUGUUUUUCUAGAAACCAUCAAUAGCCUCUAAAUGACUGACUCAAUUUUUGGAUCCUAUUCUCAUGACUAAGCAAAUGUUUGAUUUGAAACCAGCCCAGUAUAAAUGUCUCUGUGCCUGUAACUCUCUAGCCAUUCCUGGAUUUCAGCACUGGGGAAACCAAUCUAUGCACCAAACAUGUCUAAAGCUGGAACCAAAAUUACUUUCUUUGAAGAUAAAAACUUUCAAGGCCGCCACUAUGACAGCGAUUGCGACUGUGCGGAUUUCCACAUGUACCUGAGCCGCUGCAACUCCAUCAGAGUGGAAGGAGGCACCUGGGCUGUGUAUGAAAGGCCCAAUUUUGCUGGGUACAUGUACAUCCUACCCCGGGGCGAGUAUCCCGAGUACCAGCACUGGAUGGGCCUCAACGACCGCCUCAGCUCCUGCAGGGCUGUUCACCUGUCUAGUGGAGGCCAGUAUAAGAUUCAGAUCUUUGAGAAAGGGGAUUUUAAUGGUCAGAUGUAUGAGACCAUGGAAGACUGCCCUUCCAUCAUGGAGCAGUUCCACAUGCGGGAGGUCCACUCCUGUAAGGUGCUGGAGGGCGCCUGGAUCUUCUAUGAGCUGCCCAACUACCGCGGCAGGCAGUACCUGCUGGACAAGAAGGAGUACCGGAAGCCCAUCGACUGGGGUGCAGCUUCCCCAGCUGUCCAGUCUUUCCGCCGCAUUGUGGAGUGAUGAUACAGACGCGGCCAAACGCUGGCUGGCCUUGUCAUCCAAAUAAGCAUUAUAAAUAAAACAAUUGGCAUGCA